ACCAUCGUAGUUCUCGCUGGGCUGCUUUCAGCAUGUCUACGCUCAGCGAAGAUAAUGUUGCGAAUGGUCAGGCCCCCAUCUCGCUUGAGCAGGCUCAGGCGAUAUUCGACGCGUAUUACAGAGGCGAAGGCAAGGAUCUUACGUCGGUGUCUACCGUCACAGACAGACUGAGGAGCGGAUUUAGGUGAGACGUGGUGCCUUUGGUGCGUGUAACUGUCCCUGAACAUAUUUGUAUCUACUGUGCAUCGAAGUUCUAUUGCGCCAAGCAGGUCGUACGCUGUGCAUCUCAAUGACGGCGCGUCCUACUUGCUCUUGGUCUCGCCACCUCCGGCGAAGACAUCAUUUACUUUGGAAGAGCCAUCGUCCCUACACACACCUCUCACGACCUAUCAAUACUUGCUGAAGUUAGUGUCCGAAAGCACCAGUAUUCCUCAGCCUACGCCGCUCCAUAUGUCGGAUACCCUCGAUAUCGUACCCUACGACUAUCUCAUCCUUUCCUAUCCUCCUGGCGUCUCUCUAUCAGAGCUUAGGCGACUCGGGAAGCUGUCAGAACGCCAAAAUGUUCUGCUCGAUUUAGAGAUCGGUCGCUGGAUGCGCGAGAUGCAUGACCGUAUCCAGAACGACUGGUUCGGUCUACCCAAACCCACGCCCCCAGCGUCCGCGGCACCGCCACUACUACCCAGCAUUCCCGGUUUGUCAAGUCUCGGCUUCGGGCAGCAGGGUGCAGACGACGACGAACCGUCGUACAGCUGGCAGGAGACGUUCACGUCCCUGCUGGAGUCGAUGCUCAGCGCCGCGGAAGCGCGCGGCCUCGUGUCGAGCGCGUCGUGCGGCGCACUGCGCCAACCCUUAGGGCGCGCAAUCGGCAGCUUCCUGUUUGACGACUGCGAGGUCCCGAGCCUGCUCACUUUCCUCGCGGACGCGGGCAGCGUGUUCGUGCACGUCCCCGCGGAGGGCGCCGAGCCGACGAUCACGUCACUGCUCCCGCCAACGUUUGCGUUAUACGGCGACCCGCUCCUCGAGACGUUCUUCCUCGCGUCGGGCCCCGAGGACGGCGCGCUUCCAGGGCCGGCGCCCAGCCAGGCGCUGCUCGAGGGCUAUGGCGGCAGCCCGAUUGUGUUCAGGAGGCAGAAGACCAAGCGCGUUUGGUACGACGUGUUCCUCGCUCUGGUAGUGCUUUUAGCCGCUCGUGGUGCUGCCGUGGGUGGCCCUGAGGUGGAGAGGCUGCUGGACUGGGCUCGGCGACGACUGGAAGAAUGUGUUGAUAUACUCAAGGACGCGCCGUGUUACUAAUAGAACAUGUUCAAUGCUACCAGAUAUCGACGAACCCUUUGGCGGACGAUGGCUAUCGCGAUCAGCCCCUGUACAGGUCGCUAUGUAAACAGAUUGAGAGUGUCUUGGAAUCCGGCUUGAUACGAGUGUAACCGAGGAGUUUGUUAUUUUUAGGUGUCAACUGUCCGGCU